GUUCAGGCCUCCUCUGACUCCCUUGGAUGAAACAGAACUCAUUCCUGUUAAUCCAUCCCUUACUUCUUAGUGCAGCCUGUGACGUGUGUGUGUGUACAUGCUUCCCAUGUGGCAUCUGCCCUCUCACACUAGAAGACAGUCUCCAGGAAAACAGGAACUGCGCCAGUUUUGUGUAUCUCUGCUGCAUGGGAGCCAAGAACAGAAACAUAAGUUCAAUAAAUACACGUUUCAUGAAUGAGUAGAAUGAAUGCAUGACUACUGAAAUCUGGAGUAUCUUUUUAUUCUUCUCUGUUUUAUUUUAGUUGCAGAAUUAAGAAAAGUCUUUGAACCAAAGAGGAAAGAAUUUUUAGAAAUGAAAAGAAAAGAAAGAAUUGCCAGGCGCCUCGAAGGAAUCGAAACGGACACGCAGCCUAUCCUCUUGCCAAGCUGCACGGGGUUAGUGACGCAUCGCUUGCUGGAGGAAGACACGCCCAGAUACAUGCGAGCCACAGACCCGGCCAGCCCCCACACCGGCCGGUCCAAUGAAGAGGAAGACACUUCGGAUUCCUCGGUGGAAAAGCAGACCCGCUCCAAACUCUGCACCGAAACCUCGGGCGUCCAUGCUGACUCCUCCUGCGGUUCAGGUCUCAUGGACACCCAGGCUCUGGAGUCCAAAGCUGAGAGAAUCGCACGGUACAAAGCAGAAAGGAGACGGCAGCUGGCCGAGAAAUACGGGAUAGCGCUGGAUUCCGAAGCGGACUCGGAAUCGCCCUCCCGAUACACCAAGUCCAGGAAGGAUGCUGAUGCUGCUGACAAGAGUGGAGGGAAGGGUGACCGACAGGCCGAGCCAGGCAAAGAUUCGAGCUCUCUGUACUCCAGGCCGUGCGUGGUCGAAGCCAAGGACUAUGCCCUCCCCGGGGGCGACGGUCUUUCCGACACCGAGGUGCUGCUCAACGUGGAAAACCAAAGACGGGGUCAGGAGCCCAGUGCCACCGGGCAGGCCCGUGACCUGGCCCCCACGGUGGAGAGUUCCUCAUCCUUUCCGUUCCCUGGGCGAGACUGCACCUUCAGUGAAGUGCCAAGGUCCCCAAAGCAAAUGCACAGCAUGUCCCUCUCUUCGCCUCGGCCACCCGCCUCCCCGAGCCACUCAGCUGGCGACCUGCCGCUUCCUUCUGAGGCCCGAGCCAGUACCGGGAAACCCAAACAUGAGUGGUUUCUCCAGAAAGAUUCCGAAGGGGACACACCUUCUCUUAUCAACUGGCCUUCCAGAGUUAAGGUUAGAGAAAAAAUGGUGAAAGAGGAGAGUGCUCGAAGCAGCCCUGAGGUGGCCUCCGAGCCCUUCACUCAGAGGAGACAUCAGCCAGUGCCUGUCCAUUGCUCAUCCUUUCAGUCAGAAAAUUCGGCCUUCGAUAGGGUCUCGAGCAAGGCAGCCAGCUCCACGGGACAGCCAAUCCGAGGCUAUGUCCAACCGGCAGACCCCAUUCACACGGCCACGCUGGUGACCUCAGAGAUCCCAGAAAAUUUAUCUGAAUGCAGCUGGGGGGGGUCAGCCACCCAACAUGUCAGAAAGCCUCCCACCUCGAAGGUUCUAGAGAGUGAGAGAAGGGAUACCCCAGUUCUCCAUAUUUGUGAAUCGAAAGCAGAGGAAGAUACGCUCUUCACUGAAGCUCUCGAGAAAAGCAGGAAAUCACUUUUGGCUUUGGAGGAUCAUGGGCCUACGAGAAGCCACGAAGAUCCCUCUGGAAACGAAGACUUCGGCAAGGCUGCUGUGAGCACAGUCACCUCAGAACAUCAGAAGGAACCAGAGAGUCUGUCGCCCCCGCCUGCAGCUCAGCAACAACCCACGGAAAGGAUCAGCAGACAAGAAGUGGUUUUAUAUGUUCAGAGCCAGCCCGUGUCCCAAGAUGCCAGGGCGACAGGCCACAGAAAGGAAGGCCUGACGAAGAAACGCAAGGUCCUCACCCGCUCCCUGUCUGACUACACGGGCCCCCCUCAGCUGCAGGCCCUGAAGUGUAAGGACCCCACGUCCAGGCAAGAACCAGAGCUGCAGAGUUCCAAAGCUGAAGGGCCCCCCCCGGACGUCGGCAUGCUAGACACGAAGGUCUCUGUCGCCCAGCUCCGAAAUGCAUUUCUGGAGUCUGUCAAUGCCAACAAGAAACCCGAACUGUCUGCUUCGCAUUCAGAAAUGCCAACUGCUGAGGAUGAAGAAAAGGUAGACGAACGAGCCAAGCUGAGUGUCGCUGCCAAGAGGCUGCUUUUCAGGGAAAUGGAAAAAUCAUUUGAUGAGAAAAACGCUCCAAAGCGACGCUCCAGAAAUGCAGCCGUGGAACAAAGACUACGGCGGCUACAGGACAGAUCCCACACCCAGCCCGUUACCACCGAGGAAGUGGCCAUUGCAGCCACGUAA